AUGUACUUUUUUCGUUUAUUGAACGAAGAAAUAGCGGCUUUGGAUAAAAUUUUGCUUUGGGAGUUAGACAAGAAGCGCGCAGUAGCCUAUCGGAUCCGGCCCGGAUGCUACCAAAGCAUUGGACCGGGUUCGAGUCCGGCGUACACCAAUGAAUAUUUUCAAUAUUUAAGUGUAUUAUUCUACUCAGUCCAAGAAAUACAAACGAGUUCCAAUCUCAAAAGUUUACCCCCUACCGUAGUCGCUCAUGACCUUAUUUCACGUCACCUGUGUUGA